GUAAUGCUGAGACAGACUCUCAGAAGAUCUGAGCUAGUCGCGUAGCUGAACCCAGCAGGGGCUGGGGUCGUCCUGCUGCUAUGAGCUGUACCAUCGAGAAGAUCCUGACAGACGCCAAGACGCUGUUGGAGAGGCUGCGGGAGCACGAUGCGGCCGCCGAGUCGCUGGUGGAUCAGUCGGCAGCGCUGCACCGGCGGGUAGCCGCUAUGCGGGAGGCGGGGACAGCGCUUCCGGACCAGGUCAGGCAGAGGUAUCAAGAGGAUGCAUCCGAUAUGAAGGACAUGUCCAAAUACAAACCUCACAUUCUGCUGUCCCAAGAGAACACACAGAUUAGAGACUUGCAACAGGAAAACAGAGAACUGUGGAUUUCCUUGGAGGAACACCAGGAUGCUUUGGAACUCAUCAUGAGCAAGUAUCGGAAACAGAUGUUACAGUUAAUGGUUGCUAAAAAAGCUGUGGAUGCUGAACCAGUCCUGAAAGCUCACCAGUCUCACUCUGCAGAAAUUGAGAGUCAGAUUGACAGAAUCUGUGAAAUGGGAGAAGUGAUGAGGAAAGCAGUUCAGGUGGAUGAUGACCAGUUUUGUAAGAUUCAGGAAAAAUUAGCCCAAUUAGAGCUUGAAAAUAAGGAACUUCGAGAAUUAUUGUCCAUCAGCAGUGAGUCUCUUCAAGCCAGAAAGAAAAACUCAAUGGACACUGCUUCCCAAGCCAUUAAAUAACUGAACUCUGAAUGAUGGCUGGAGAUUGUCUAUCAAGGAAGGAAGUUACUGUCUUCCCAUUCAAGUACUGUCCAUUAAGUGUCUUGCCUCAGAUUUGAUUUAAUCUUAAUUAAAGGUAUCAGGUGGCAAUUUAGAAUGCCAGUCAAUAUUGGCUGUCCAUGGUUCUCAGAUGUGUUAAUGUGAAUACUACAUGCUGAAUUUCACCAUUCCUUUCACAAAGAGACUACUUUUAAUUUUCAUUUCUGGGACCUUGAUUUACAUAAACUGUUUUCAGUUCAUUGUUAUUUUUCACAUCUCUGAAACUUUGAGCAUUUUUUAUAAGCCAGCAAUUUAUUUUAUAUAGCAUUGUAAAAUACACUUCUAGGAAAUUUUAGGAAAGAUUUAACUUUUUAAAUCUAUUUGGCAUAAACCUUGAUUUUUUUUUCCAUUUGACAAAAAUAAUACAGUUCCACAGAACUAGAUCAGCAGAUUCUCUGAUUUGUAAUGUCAUUCACCUGUGACGUUUUAAGUCUCUCUGGUGCUAAGAAUUGGCACUUUAUAGCCUGGUGCCUUUUAAUUUGAGAGAACCUACUGCUAGUCCCAGGAAACAUACUUGGAAAUAAGUCAGCUAUUUUUUUUUCCCCAAUGAUGCUAUAGUUGUCAUAUUGUUCAAAGUUUAUACUGUUCAAAGCUGAGGAGCUUGCCCUGUGUAUGUGCAUGCACAUAUGUGCACUUAAUUCAAAUGCUAAAAGUAGCUUUUAUUAAAUAUAAUCAGCCAAAAACACACAAAAAAAUCAAAAAAACAAAUAUAAGUAGUCAGUUUUUCAAUGUUAUCCUACUAGUUCUACAUUCUAUUUUAAUUUUUAUACAAUUUCCAUUUUAUAGUUAAGAACCAUCACUUACUUGGUUUGGAUAUCUUUCAUUCCUAGCACUAAUAGUUGGCUUUCUUUUUGUUUACAUAGAAGCAGUUUUUUUUUUAUCUUUUUUCUUUUUUUUUUUUAAGCUACAUAAAAAGGUGAGGAAGCAGUUUUGUCACCUAAUGAAAAUUAUUAUACUCAUAAUGCUGUGUAGGCAACAUUGAGAUUCAAAUGCCCAGUGGUCAACUGGGUUCACUCAUCAACUCAUUCCCGUCCCAGUUUACUCACAUUUCAAAUUUAUAAAUUUCUUCAUGUUAUACUAUUCUAUUUAGAUUUGCCAAGAAUUAGUUGAAAUAAUGCUAAACCUGUCAAUAUUUUCCAGUAACAUUAAGGACCAUACUGCAUGGGAGAGACACAGUAUUAAAAAGAGUUGUUAGUGCUUUAUGUGAGUGAUAUUUCUUUUGUAAUGCUAUAAAGAACUACAGUUAAAACAACAAAAUCUUUUAAAGAUGUCCUAAAAGCAUCUGAUCCCAGUAAUAACUAAUGGAUGUCAUCUAGAGCAGUGGGUGUUAAUGAAUAGGUAUAUGUCAUUUAAGAAUUUUUCAAAUUUCUGUUCGAUAUCCUGCAUAGAAUUUGAUUAAAAAAAACCUCCAAGUGUGAGCAUUUUUUAUUUCAUUUCCCAAGAGUAAGUAAGUAACUAUUAGCCCAGCCAUCUGCCUCGAAGUAUACCUUAAGUGACCCCAUAAAUCCAUUCAAGAGGCAGGUACUCUAUACAAUUUGGCUGCCAUGGCCAGGUAUCUGCUUUAUGUUCCUUUAGAGCUGUUUAUAAAGUUCUUUAUAUCUUAAGUGUUAGGAUAAAUCGACAUAUUAACUUUUCCCCCUGCAAAAUUAAAAGCCUGAGGUACAAGUCUAAGAAGCUUUUAGUGCCCUAUGUAAUAUAAAUUCUGGCUGGUGUUAAUGCUAUGAAGAUAAUGUGUAGUUAGAAAAUUGAGUUGGGGAGGAAUGCUCUUCAUUUUAAGUGGAUUUUAAAGUUUCUCCUUCAGUGGAUGAAGAAGUUGCCUGGUUUGCAAAAAUCUUAGUUCAAAAUUAUAUUUUCUAACAAAAACUGCAUUUUGAGAAGAUAAGCUAAUUUUAUUCAGUAAUAAGUCAAAUUAGGAAGUGCAGAGGGUUUUUUUACAUAUAUAUAGCAACCUUGUCAAGUGGUCCUCACAAGAGUCAUAAAUACUUUGUAAUUAGCACAGUAUGUUCAGCAGUGUAUAACUCUACAAAUAGUACCUUAUAUUAGUGUAGUAUUAUAUCAAUAUCUUAUGUAUAAUUCUUAUAUUAAUACCUUAUGCAUAAUUUGAUUCAAACAUUGAAGGUCUAUUUUAGUGUUCUUCAAAAUGUGGCUCCCUGACCUACUGAAAUAGAAAUUUGGUGAAGUUCAAGAAUUUGUAUUCUAAUCAUCCCAAACAAUUCCUAAAGACACUAAUUUUAAAAUGUCUAGUCUAGGCCCCAUUGUGUAAUAGUUAGCACUCUAAAAGAUGAAAAAGAAAAUAGUCUAUGUGCCAACCACUUCAUUAAUACUUAUGAAUUUAAAAACGAAAAAGUCUGGUAUAGGAGACAAGUAUAUAUAUAUAAUGCAGUGUGAUAAAUCCAUUAUAAGUAUGUAUAGGAUACAGAAGAGGGACUUUAAACUUGAGAAUUCAAUAGAGAUAAUAAAUGGGUAGGAGGGAAAUAGAAAACUUUGGUGCCACAAAAGCAAAGUAUGUAUGGUAUUGCCAAUAAUGGCUACCAUCUAUUGAGUGCUUUACUAUCUGUCAGGUACUGUAUUAUAUAAUCUCCAUUUCAACUGUACCUCAUUUUGCAGAUACUCAGGCACAAGGAGGUGGUUAUUUGUCCAAACUGGAACCAAGAUUCAAACCCAGACAGAGUCUUAAGCACAUUUUUAAUCACUAACUAACUUGAGAUGCCUAAAUGCCAAAUACUCUUGGGAGUUCAAGUGGUUUUUGAUUAGCAAAAUCUAUUUUUAUUAGUGCAAAAGAACCACCACAGCUCAUAUAUUAGAAAGUAUUAUGAAUUCAAUAAAUGGAGUCUUAACUAAUGAGAUAUUAUUAUUUUCUAGAAUGGUAUAGCUGAGAGUAUGUGUGAUUCAACUGAAAGGAAUAAUGUAUAAUCAGUGACUCUUACUAUAUACAGGAAAACACGCAGUUCUGUCUUUCAAAUCUGCUCCUUACCAUAUUGGCUUACAUCCCUCAUGCUGUUUUCUUGUGUUUGCUAGAAAGUUGUUGCCAAGCCAAAUGUCAUGGCCAUGUUGAAGGCAAGGAAGAAAAAAUGGAAAUGGCCUGUGCCAGCUAUAUAUAUCACCUUUUAUGAGGGAAAGCAAAGCUUUCCCAGAAAUUCCAAAUGGAUUUCCCCUUGACUUACUUGCCUGACCAGUUAAAUGGCCACUGGUACCUGCAAAGAAAGCAGGGUACAUAGCUGUCCCAAAUGAAAUCAGUAUUAGCAAGAAGAAAUAAUAUUGAGAAAGCAACUAACAGUGUCUGUGACUGUUACAUGUCUGUGACUGUCAUAUUGUCAAGUCCUUUCCCCUUGAAUAUAGUUUUGGAAGAAUUAGCUGAAGGAGUGUGUUGAUACUGAAUGGCCAAGAGAAUGGGCUGUAGCAGACAUCUGUCAUUUCUCUUUUGGCUGCCCAAUAUCCUAACUCCUGUGUUUAAGGAAUCCCUCACCUAAUAAGGCAGAGCAUUUCUUCCUCCUAAAGAAUUUGAAAGUACCUUGUAAUGUUUUCUCAGCCUCCUUUGCAGCUAAGGAAGAAACAUCUGCCUUCAACUUUAAAAUUAGUGAUACAAAGAAGGAGGGAACCAUGCAGAUUCCUUUGAAGAUGGUGACUAACAACACUACUGCAUUCAUCUCCACAGAGGUACAGCAAAAGUGGUUUAGUUAGUGAUAACCUCUAAUUCUAUUUUUUUUUUUUUUUUCUUUUUGAGACAGUCUGGCUCUGCCAACCAGGCUGGAGUGCAGUAGCACUAUCUCAGCUCACUGCAACCUCCACCUCCUGGGUUCAAGCGAUUCUCCUGCCUCAGCCUCCCAAGUCAUUGGGAUUACAAGCGCCCACCACCAUGCACAGCUAAUUUUUGUAUUUUUAGUAGAUGGGGUUUCUCCAUGUUGGCCAGGCUGGUCUCGAACUUAGGACCUCAGGUGAUCCGCCCGCCUUGGCCUCCCAAAGUGCUGAGAUUAUAGGCGUGAGCCACCGCCCCUGGCCUGUAACCUCUAAUUCUUGUUUGCUGGCUGUCCUAGAGAUUCUGAGAAUUACUUUUAAUAAAAUCAUUUUUUUGCUGUUGUUAAAACUAACCUGAAUUGCCUAAAACCAAGAACUCUGCUUGAUAAAAUAAGCAUAGUUUUAGGAACAACCAUGCAGAUAUAAAUUUUAUCAACACUUUAUACAUAAUUUGGGACUUAUAUUUAAAUGUAAUAUUUGAUGCUUAUAAAAGGGUAAAUGUGGAAUGCAAAUAAAUUAUCAAGCACAAUAACUCAUCACCUAACUUAAGAAUAACAUUAUGAGUGCUUGUAUUUUAUCUAUUUGAGCUCUUCUCCUAUCUUUGCCCACCCCCUGCUCUCUUUUUAAUAGUUUUGUUCACAUGUAGAAAACCUAAAAUACAUAUGUAUCCCUAAAGUGGCUUAUUUUAUAGUUUUCUUUCUUUUUGAACUUCAAAAGAAUUGUAUCAUACUCUAUGUAGUCUAAGGAUUUGGUUUUUUUCACUCAACAUGUCUCUAGAAUUCAUACAUUUUAUUGUUUUAUAGCUGUCAUUUUCAUUGAUGUAUAUUUCAUUGUUGGGUUAUACAACAUAUUGUUAAGGAAUACAUACAUAUAUAAUAAAUUAUACAUUUUUUAAAAAA